AUGGUUUUGACUGCCUACUUGUCUGUAUUGAUGGGUAGACGAAGUGCAGGAUUAGUUGCUUUGGUCCGCAUUCACUCCUGGGUGGCUUUGUCUGGUAAUGCCUCGAUUGGGAAAUGCUUGGCAUCAGAUUCACAUUUUCUAGAUUCUUUUGCGGUUGCUGCUCAUUGUCGCACUGUUAAAGAGAUCGUCCUGGUGUUGUGGGAGGCUCCAUCCUCUCCUUGGCUGAAAGUUAACACUGAUGGAUCUGUUAUUGCUGGGCAUGCGGCUUGUGGUGGUCUCUUUCGAGACUCUAGGGGCUCUUUCCUUAGUGCUUUAUGUUAUAACAUUGGGGAGGCAUCAGUUUACCAUUCUGAAGUUCUUGCUAUCAUUUUAUCCAUGGAGCACACGUCCUUUCAUGGGUGGCGUAAUAUCUGGUUGGAAAGUGACUCAUCUAGUGCUUUGCUGAUUAUUUCCAACUCUUCUUUGGUGCCUAUUAUGCUUCGAAACAGGUGGCAUAAUACCCGUAGUCUUGGUAUUCAGAUUAUUUCUUCUCACAUCUUUCAUGAAGGUAACUGUUCUGCGGACAGAUUAGCAAAUAUGGGUCAUACUAUGCAGGGCUCGGUUUGGUUAAAUGUGUUACCUUCAGAGUUGCAUCUUGAUUUCUUUAGGGAUAGACUAGGCUUGCCUAACUACAGGUUUCCUUAG